UACUUGCCUUGCUUUUGCUGUGCCGCCUCGCGAUUCAAGAUGGCCAGCGCUGUGAUCGGGUCCUUGAUCGGGACGUAUGACUUGAAGAUGGCGCAACAAUGGAGGGAUGAGGACAUCAGCCAUCGAGCACAGGAGAAGCAGUGGCGAGAUGACGACAUCAAGCGCGCGUACUCGUGGCGAAACGAAGAUGUGGAGCGAGAAAAGCGAUUAAACAAACUUGAGAACGAGCGCCGGAUCACAGACGCGCGGAGCGAGCAGUUGUCGGCAGUGUCCAACUUGUCGGCGCUGCUAGGGGGGUUUGCUAUGGUAGCGAAUGUCGAGAUCAGUCUCCCAGACGACGUGUCCAACAUCGUGAUGUUCUUCUACGGCACGACCAGUGCCGCCGUGAUCCUGUGUAUGCUGUGUUGCAUGCUCAUGUGCACGUUGCUGCUCCUUGCGAUCACUCAGUAUGCUUCUCAAGAGCUGGAGACGGACCUGCGGCACCUCUCGUUCGACGAACUCGACGUCGAGUCCCCGUUCUACGUGUGGUGGCUCAAGCGCUGCGAACAGGACUGGUUGCUCGCGUACAAGUUCUUCCGCAUGGGCAUCUUUCUGUUCCUCUGCACCGUGUCCUGGGUCGGUUGGGUCCAGUUCGAGAAGACCGCCAUCGCCGGGAUCGGCAUGACCGCCAUCGCCGCGCUGUCGUUCAUCUUUUGGCAAGUGCGCAUCGAAAGCAAAUGGCGCUACCUGCUCUACUUCCCCGAGACCAAGAUCCCUCCAAGCAUGGAGGGCCAUGACGACGACACCGCGUACCUUUCCACGCGCACGCACUCGGUCACGAAGGACUUUUCCAUCUUCCACACUCCAGCAACCACAUCCAUGCCGUCUGCCGCCGAAGACCGCGACGUUCCUUACGAAAGAGCGCAAACUCCCAGAUAGGUGGCGCACCACACCUCGAUACGCGUGUAUCAAGUACUAUAUCUAGUAGUACUAGCAAUAUUCAUACUACUACGUGGUUACUAUUAAUAGUUGAACAUCGACUACUUGUUAUAUGGCAACACGACA